CUUUGAAUUGAACUCCUAAAAAGGGAAAAUCAAGAAGAAUCUUUUUUGUUAGUCACAAAAAGCCAAUGGCUAGGGCUAGGUGGAAACCAACUCCACAACAGUUGAUGAUUUUACAGGAUUUGUACAGAAAAGGUUUGACAAAUCCAAAUUCAUGUCAAGUACAAAUGAUAACUGCCCAUCUCUCUAUGUAUGGAAAGAUUCAGUGGAAGAAUGUGUUUUACUGGUUUCAAAACCAUAAAGCUAGAGACAGGCAAAAAAUGAGAAAACAGAUGUUUCAACAAAUGCAGAAAUACACAAGUAGUACUACUACUACUACUAAUGACGUCCAAAUUAACCCUCCUUCUCCUUCUUCUGCUUCUUCUUCUGCUGCUGUGAAUUAUCAACUGUACCCCAACUCUCCUACUAUAUUUCUUCGUCAGGUUGAAGGAACAGAUACAUCACCUCAGAUGAUGAUGAAUUACCUGCGGGAGAAUAGGAUGAUGAAGACCAACGGUAGGGAUUGGAUGUUGAUGACAGAUCAGGAGGGUUCUUCUUCUAAUAUUCAUGUCCAUUGCAGCAAUAACAGACCUCUAAAAACAUUACAACUUUUCCCUGUUGCCACAACUGGCUUCAAGGAUUAGAACUUGAGUUUAAGUUUUGUGCGGUAUGUAAAAUAUUCUACACUAUCAGGUAAACUUGACCUGCUAUUGCAGGUUACCCAAUUCUUUACAUAAAAUUGAAAAAGAAAAAAUUGGGUAACUUGCAGUAGCAGAUCAAGUUUACUUGAUAGUGUUGGGUAUUUUGUACACCUACGGUGCAUAAAUCUUAAAUUCUUAGAACUUCUUAAAUUUCUUUAUAUAUCACUAAUAACUAGUAGCUUGAAGAGUGUACUUUAAUUUGAUUCAAGUAUUGUGUG